CUUACACGUAAGGAGAAGCUACAAACUACACAGAACACAGACUAAUCCCCAUACUUCACAUGGACUAAUCCCGCCACUGUCUUCACACAUCACCAAUCAACAACAACACCCGUGUAAUAAUAUUUUUUUUAUUAUUAUUCCUGCGUCGCUUUUUCUUCAAGGUUACUGCAUCUCUCUCUCUCUCUUAUUUCUUAUUAGUUAUUUCCCACACUCCCCAAGCACAAGCACCGUGCCCAUUCCUUCGCUCUUCCCCUCACAUCAACGCUUUCGUGCACUCAACAACUCUCUCAAACAUGGCGUCACCAACAGCGGUUUUCCAGACCCAAUCGCUCUAUAUAAAGCCCCGCCUCGCCCCACCGCCUCCCCAAUUCCGCUCCCUUUUCUUGGCGACGGGGCUGACGGCGGCGUUUCGAGGGCUUCGGGCGACGAUGCCGAGGAAGGCGGUUAUUGUGUCGGCGACGACGGCGGCGGAGAGGCCGAAGAGGAAGGGGGAGUCGAAGGGGUUCGUGGAGGAGAUGAGGUUCGUGGCCAUGAGGCUCCACACGAGGGACCAGGCGAAGGAGGGCGAGAAGGAGGUUAAGCAACCCGAAGAGAAAGCCGUUACGAAGUGGGACCCAACGGUUGAAGGUUACCUCAAGUUUCUUGUGGAUAGUAAGGUCGUUUAUGAUACGCUAGAGAACAUCGUUCUCGAGCCUCCUCAUCCUUCUUAUGCUGAAUUCAGAAAUACCGGAUUGGAAAGGUCUGCAAGUUUGGCACAAGAUUUGGAGUGGUUCAAGGAGCAAGGUCAUACCAUUCCUGAACCUUCUUCUCCUGGUCUUACCUAUGCGCAAUAUCUUAAGGAGCUAUCUGUGAAUGAUCCCCAGGCAUUCAUUUGCCACUUUUACAACAUCUACUUUGCUCAUACAGCUGGCGGUCGAAUGAUUGGGAAAAAGGUUGCUGAAAAGUUACUUAACAAUAAGGGGUUGGAGUUUUACAAGUGGGACGGUGACCUCCCCCAGUUGUUGCAGAAUGUGAGGGACAAGUUGAAUAAAGUUGCUGAAGAAUGGACUCGGGAAGAAAAGGACCAUUGUUUGGAAGAAACAGAAAAAUCAUUCAAGUUAUCUGGAGAGAUUCUUCGUCUGAUUCUAUCGUGAUAAUAGGUGGCCUGACCUGCUAUCUGUGUAAUUAUGGGUAUUAAAGUGCAUGGCGGAAGCCAAAAACAUUAUUAUGUGUAUUAUUUAAUUUCAACAAUAUAAAGGAAUAACAAAACUGAUGUUGCAUGGAAGCAGCGUAUUGUUGACUAAAUUGCUCUUCUCAAAUGGGGCUUAUAGUUAUUUGUUGCUGUGAAUAGAAUAUUUUAUGGGUGAUCCUGAGCCAAAAAGGGCUACUGUAAUAUUGAUAGAAAGUGAUCUUUAUUGAUACAAGUAAUGUUUAGACCAACUCCUUAAUUACUCGAGAAUAGAAAAAUGCAGAAAUUGAAAGAUA